GUUUACUGCUUUAGUCUAUAGAUAGAGAAAAAAUAGAUUGUUGAUCUUGAUACAAUGAUAUAGUAGUAAAAUUCAAGUACUUAUUUCCCUUCAAACAAGUAAAUGCCAGCAUUUUUCUCGUUUAUUUUACUUGGGAGAAGAUGAGCAGUGAUAUUUUAUUCAUAGAUCCGUCGUGUAAGAAAAAAACCAUAAUAUAAUGAAUAACAUAUAGCUGUGUCCUUUAGAAAGCUAAAAAUGUACCAUCUUCAAAGAGAUCGACUUAGAGGUGGAUAAUUUCGUGGAAGAUAUCGAAAUUCGAUCACAUUUAAAAAAAUACUUUUCUGACUAGAAAAAAAGUUACUAAAAAUUACUUUUAGUUUAAACGUUACUACAUAAUUAAGUCGCGUAGCCUAACUUUAUAAAUUGAUUUUAAUAUAAUUAGAAAUGAAACUAAAGUAUAUAGGGCGAUCGGCGACCAAUAACCCCACUUUCACACUAGAGUUUAAAAUAGUGACAUUUGACUUUACCAGCCCAACGCCGACCAACCGCCCGCUGCUUUUUAAAUUUGAUUUCGUUAUAUUUUAUAGACAUUCAUUUAUAAAUGAGUGGAAAUAAUUGGAUUGCCCGAUAAGCUCUACACUUGGCACACACACCAUUUUUGAAUUGGUAAAACCGUAUCAUAAAGAAAUACUUAUAACUUUCAUUUAAGCCUCUAGAUGAUAUAAAAAUCAUUUGUUAUAAAUAAAUGAGCUUUUAUUUAUAUCACAAUUGAGCAUUACAAAUCGUGAAGAAAUACAAAUCCAUUUUUAGGAUGUUUUGAUUAUAAAACCGUGUUCUAUUUUUUAUAAUGAUAAGUCCACUUUUUAAUGGGAAAAUUAAAUCAUUCCAAUUUAUUCGAAGAACAAUGUUAUUUUAACACAUGUGAAAUUAAUUAAUUAAUGAAUGAAUUAGCAGCACAUUUAAAGCAACAAACAUGCAAUCUGUCAUUUCUAUUUUCUCUUCUGGAAUCUGUGAUAAUUACCGAUAUACGCUUCUCCCUCUCUCUCCAUCCCAACAUUCAUAAUCACAGCAGAACACACGACACGAUCAAGGGGGGAGGGAAAUGCCGCUUUGCGAAGUGGGUAGGCAUCAGAACAUAGUAGUUGGCAAUGGGAUCCAACUUUUCUACAGAACAUACGGGAAAGGACCAAUCAAAGCUCUCAUGAUCAUAGGAUUGGCCGGGACCCACGAUUCCUGGGGGCCGCAGAUAAAUGGUCUGGCCGGGACGCUGAGGCCAAACAACGACGAGUCGCCGCCGCUGGAAGAUCCGAGCGGUUCCGGGCCGGCGGGCGUCGAGGUCUGCGCUUUUGAUAACCGUGGAAUGGGGCGAAGCUCCGUUCCCACCCAAAAGUUAGAGUACACGACGAGUAUAAUGGCUAAAGAUGCACUAGCUCUAAUGGAUCAUUUGGGAUGGAAAAAAGCUCAUGUGUUUGGCCACUCAAUGGGUGCUAUGAUUGCUUGUAAGCUUGCUUCAAUGGUGCCUGAUCGAAUUUCAUCUCUGGCAUUGUUGAAUGUAACUGGUGGAGGUUAUGAAUGCUUACCAAAGUUUGACCGUCAAACUCUGUCAAUUGCUCUGCGUUUUCUGAGGGCGAAAACACCUGAACAGAGAGCAGCCGUUGAUUUAGAUACCCACUACUCACAGGAAUAUCUUCAAGAGUACAUUGGACUAAAGACUAGAAGAGAAAUUUUAUACCAAGAAUACGUUAAAGCCAUAUCAUCAACAGGUAUGCAGUCAAAGUACGGAUUUGACGGACAGAUUAAUGCGUGUUGGACCCAUAAAAUGUCGAGAAAAGAGAUGGAUUCUAUCCGUAUGGCUGGAUUUCCAGUAUCAGUAAUUCAUGGAAGACAUGAUGUAAUUGCUCAGCUGUCCCAUGCAAAACGACUUGCAGAGAGAUUAUAUCCAUCUGCAAGAAUGGUUGAACUUAAUGGUGGACAUCUAGUAAGCCAUGAGAGAACUGAGGAGGUAAAUAAAGCUCUUCUAGAGUUGAUCAAGGCAUCACAAAGUAGGGCAAGUUCAUAUGAAUGGACAAAUGUGUCCACUAAGAGCAGUGGGUGCAAGGCUUCUCAGAUAAGAGCGGGGAGAGCAAUCAGUUCGUCUUUCAUUCUUGAAAGCGUAGAGAAGCUACAUAUAUUGAUGCUGUACUUUUUUGGGCUCUUUGUACUAGCCUUUCAGCAUUUACGAAGAGGCAUGAUGAGGCUUAAGCCAGUCAAAGUAGAACCAGCAGCACUUAAUAACUAACACGGUUCCCUACUGGUAAAUGGGAUUCGAUUUUUCUUCAUUUACUAUCGUCUACAGAUUGUUAAUCCGGGCACAGAUGAGUUAUACAACGAGAGUUGUAUGCCAUGGCAAUCCCGAGGAACUUGUGCUCUAUCUGGAAUUGAGAUAAAGUGCUAAUAUCUACACAAUUUUCUGUUCAUUCAAAUAAAGAUGACACCUUUUUUCCUCCCCUGUGGACUAUACAGAUACAAUGUAAAUUGUGAUUCAACAUAUUGAGCAAUGAAAAGUGAUUAUAUGGAA